UGGACUUUUAAAGUCCAGGGUUUAUCACGUAUGUUAAUAUUUGACAGUGAAGGUUAUGUAGAGCAUAUUGCCGGAACAGAAUUUACAUUUUUUCUGGAAACUACCGUAGAUGGUAUUCAAUGCAAAAAUGAAAGCAAAAAUGUAUUCAAUACUACAUCAAUUUUCACCAUUUGCACUAUCUUCAGGCAACUUUAUGAUUUCCUUAUGAAAUAUAAACAAAAUGCUGUAUGCUAAGUUAGCGGGAAAUUUUUGCGGGAAGCGUGAAUAUUAUGAUCCCAAGGGGUUUUUCUAAACGUGAAUAACCUGUUUAAAUGGUUAAUGUUUGAAUAUUUUGGAAAGUUCUACCAAGAUAUUGAUGUAAUAUGAUGGAUAAUAUGCCGGAAACUUUCAUAGGACAGUGAGGACACUGACCUAUUGUCGAGCAAUGUACAUUUUGAAAUUUAUGAUUUUGACAUGCAAAAUUAGUGAGGCGUACAAUUCAUAUUUCCAAGUUAGUAAAAAUCAUGCAAAGAAAAUUUGAGUGUGUAUUAAAUAUAUUUGCUCUGUAGAAUAAUUUAAGAUAUUAAUAUAUAAAUGUCGCCUAUUGUUUACACGUCGAAGAGUUUAAGCGUCUUUGUUACAGAGCACAUGGCAAAUGCAUGCAAAAUAGGGGGGGAUGGCCAUAUUUUCAUCAAAUUUAAAUGAUAACGACUGAAAAUCUUACCUCUAUCCAGAAAAACAAGAGAUGAAGAGAAGUAUUAAUCCCGUUGAGUACACUGAAGUGGAUGAAAAGUUAGCAAAGUUAACAGAUGAUGAGUUAUCAGACACAGAGAUUUUGAAGAACAAUGGGGUAGAGAUUGUAGAAAGACAGAAUUCAAGACAAUCUGUGAAAGAAACGCCAGAGAAUGACGAGGAUGAAGAAGAAGAUGAUGAUGAUCUACCAACUGGUCUUGAAGGAGCUGCAUUCCAAAGUCGGUUGCCGUAUGAUAAAAUGACAACACAAGAAACCAAUUAUUUUCGAGAUAUCUCAGAUGGACAACCACCACUUCAGAGGCAAUUCUUAUACGUCCGAAACAGACUGCUUCAACUUUGGCUGGAGAAUCCAAAACAACAGUUGAUCGUUGAACACGCUAUUCGGGAAAUGGAUCCCCAGCAAAAUGUUGACAGCAAGCUUGUCCAUCGGGUGUUUGCGUUUCUUGAGAGAUAUGGCUCAAUAAACUUUGGUGUUUACAAGCAGUUGAAAAUCGUGCCAAAAUUAACCAAUUCACCAAAGAUAAUAGUCAUUGGUGCUGGGAUAUCUGGGCUAACUGCAGCAAGACAACUGCAGUCAUUUGGUUUUAAUGUUACAAUGAUUGAGUCUAGGGAAAGAGUUGGUGGUAGAGUUGCAACAUUUCGAAAGGGGCAGUAUAUUGCUGACCUUGGUGCCAUGGUUCUAACUGGAUUAGGUGGUAAUCCUCUCACAGUCUUGAGUAGUCAGGUCAACAUGGAACUACACAGAAUCAAUCAAAGAUGUCCACUCUUUGAAACUAAUGGAAGAAGUGUUCCCAAAGACAAGGAUGAUAUGGUUGAACAGGAGUUCAAUAGAUUACUUGAAGCAACAUCGUAUAUUACACACCAGCUAGAUUUCAACCAGAUUGAUGGUAAACCACUCACCCUUGGUCAAGCACUGGAGAUGGUUAUCAAAUUGCAAGAAAAACAAGUCAAGGAACAGCAGAUUGUACAUUGUAAGAAAAUUCUGGAAGUUCAAGAGAAAAUGAAGUUAGUUCUUGCUCAGAUGAAACAAGUCAAAGAGAAACUGACUGUGAUGCAUCAGGAAUAUCAAGAAGCUGAGAAAAUUCCUGAGCCAAGAGAAGCAGAGGCGGAGUUUGAAGUACGAAGUAAACUACGAGAUAUUUGCUACUUGUGCAAGGAGUACGAUGCAUUAGAUGAGGAACAACAUCAGUUGGGAGAGAAGUUGAUUGAACUCGAGGAUAACCCACCAAGCGACGUGUAUCUAUCCUCAAGGGAUCGUCAAAUUCUCGACUGGCAUUUUGCUAACCUCGAGUUCGCCAAUGCUGUUCCGUUGGAACAACUAUCGUUAAAGCAUUGGGAUCAGGAUGAUGAUUUUGAGUUCAGUGGCAGUCAUGUGACCGUACAAAAUGGUUAUGCCUGCCUGCCCGCAGCUCUCGCUGAAGACCUUGACAUCCGCCUGAAUACCGCGGUCAGACAGGUCCGCUACAAUCGCCAAGGUGUGGAAAUCAUCACGCAAAGCACAACAAAAGCAGCGAUCAGCACCACACAAAGUUUCAAAGGGGACGUUGUCUUGAUAACUCUUCCUCUCGGGGUUUUGAGAGCGAUGCCAGAGACCGUUCAGUUUCAUCCACCUUUACCAGAAUGGAAAACUAAAGCUAUUGACAGGAUGGGAUUUGGUAACUUGAACAAAGUUGUCCUCUGUUUUGAUCAUGUGUUUUGGGAUCGUUCCACCAACUUAUUCGGUCAUGUCGGCAGCACCACGGCUAAACGCGGCGAGCUGUUUCUUUUCUGGAAUCUCUACAAGACUCCAAUACUGAUCGCUCUGGUCGCUGGUAAAGCUGCAAACGAACUCGAAGCUGUUGCAGAUGAAAUCAUUGUCGGACGAUGUGUCGCUGUCCUGAAAGGAAUAUUUGGCAGUGGGAAUGUUCCUCAGCCCAGAGAGACGGUGGUAACACGAUGGAAAUCAGACGAGUGGUCUCGUGGGUCUUAUUCUUACGUUGCUGCGGGUUCCUCUGGCAACGAUUAUGAUCUUAUGGCAUCACCAGUCGCAAAUUCCGCACCGGUUCAAGGCAGUGGGGGCCCAUCUCAACCAAGAGUAUUCUUUGCAGGAGAACAUACUAUUAGAAACUACCCUGCAACGGUCCACGGUGCGUUACUCAGUGGUCUUAGAGAAGCUGGAAGAAUUGCUGAUCAAUUUUUAGGAUCACCAUAUAACUCAGCACGGAUGUAAAAACAGCUAAAGUUGGUCAAGACUCUUGGAUGUCUCUCGUGUGUCAAAAUAAAUGGGACAAAAAUACCCAACAAAAAUACCGAAUUGAUUGGUUAUCCUUCAUGAGUGAUAUUGUUACCAAAUGUAAAAUUUUUACCUUUAAUUUAUCAAUCGUCCAUGACAAGGUUGACUUUCUCUAACAUUGAACACGUUUCUAUAAAUAACAAAAAGAUUGGACAUCUAAGAUGGUACUUAGCAAAUUAUGAACGUUUGUUAAAGUCUCAUGGUAAAAAACGGCUGGGGCGUGUCAAUUGCAUUUAAUCCUUGAGAGUUUAGUUGUUUUGAAAUGCUUUUGUUUGUAAAUGCUUGUAAUAAUGUAAAUAUGUUUAAGGGAAUAAAGAUUGCAAAAGUGAU